AUGGAGCUUAAAUUUUAUUUCAACUUGCUUAAUUUUCAGCUAAGCCCUAGUAGCAACUUCCUAUAUAGUGAAACAGCAAACGCUCCAAGCCUGCUCAAUCAAAACACAGAUAAUCAAAUAUUAACACCUGAUGAACUAAUAAUUAAAAGAUCUUUCAUUUUAAGCAGUAGAAAUAAUUCUGAAAUCGAGAGAGAUUUCAGAAGAAUAUGCUUAAUGAAUGAUAACUGUUCUAUUUCUAGCCCGGAGCUCAGCUAUGCUUAUAAAGAAUAUAUAAAAGCUUACCAUCAAACUACAUCUAUUUAUUUUCUUAGAAGAAUUAGCAAUAGAACUGAAUUGGUGAUUUAUGACAGUGAAAGUGAAGUAGAAGAAAUCAAGAUUUUAGAAACAUCAGAAGUUUUAAGCGCUGAAAUGUGCAUUUCUCGACUUCCAAAUGGCGAAUUAUUCUGUUUCGGCAAUGGCAGAAAUUCUCGGAAUACCUUCAGAAUUGAUAGCGAUUAUAGAGUUAGUAGGUUACCAUCUGGAGCUUGAAAUAAUUAUAAUAUUUAUCAUAAAAUUAUCUCAAUUAAUGCUGACUCUGAUAGCAAAUUUUAAAAAAAUUAAAACCAUCUGGAGCACGCUGCUCGAACUCAUCAGCUAAACCCUUUUAAACUGAAUUUGAAUGGCAAUUACUGAUUAAUAGCUAAACAGGGAGAACACUUUUUAAGUAUAAUAGUAUAUCUAUUUCAACAGAAAUAUCUAUUGAUUCGGAGGAAUAGACUGAAAUAAUUGACCCUUGACUCUAUCUAGAAGAUUUGAUUUAAAUCAAAAUAGAUGAAAAAGUUUAGCACCUAUGCCGCAAGCUGAUGCUAACUGUACUAGUGUAAUAUUUUAUGGAAAUAUUUUGAUUUCUGGAUUCUAUAAUAGAAAUAUUCUGAUUUAUUCGCCUGAUAUAGACUCUUUUUCAAUAAUGAACUAUGAGCUUGAAGUAUGCCAGGUAAAGGUCCUUAUUAAUGCAGAAGAGAGGCUGUAUCUGAUAGAAUUUAGCAAUAACUUGUUUAUUUAUGAAAGUGAGGUAGGUGAUGAAUAUUCUUUGAAGCUAAUAGUACACUCAACACAUUACCAUGUACCUUUCAGAACAUAUUGAACAUACAAUAAAGGAGGGAUUUAUUUUUGCAAGUCAUUUGAUAGAAACAUUUUCCUCGGGCGGGAUUUCCUUGGGUAUUUUUGUUUGAAAUUUUCCCUUUAUUAAUUUGUUUGGAAAACAAUAUUAAAAUUUUGAUCAAAAAUACACAAGGAAAUGCCAUAUAGGAAAAUGCUCCGAUUAAAUGAUAUGCAGCCUAGAUUUAUAUCCCUAUUUCCAUUUAUAAUGGGGAUUAA